AUGACGACUACCAAUAUGACGGUGAUACCCUUGCUCUCUAUUCCGGAAAUCAAUAAGCUUGUCCUAGAAGUUUUCUACAAGUUCAAUCGGAUGGUGAUCUUGUGGGACCGUGGGAACUCUUCAGAAGGGAGGCUUCUCCGUUAUCCUCCACCUGCUAUCAGGUCUCUUGUGCGCUGUCUCGAGAUCAAUCUCGAUCUUGACACCCCUUUCUAUCUCAACUUCUUAAGGAUAGUUACGGAUGCGCAGAUGAGCUUCAGCUUGUACUACUUGACCGUCAAUAUCAACCCCGAGAGUCUAUACUACGACGCUGAGGACAGCAAAGAAAGUGGAUCGAGUGUCGAGGCUUAUCUUCAGAACCUCGGUCGCAUCGGGUUCCCUACAUGCCAUCUGACUAUCGUAUCGAUCAUCUGCGGAGACGGCGAUAACGAAUUUGAUCCAGUGGAAUCAUGUUGGUGUGAGCGGCUUGGCUUGGAAACGAACGGAGCUCGAGAAGAACGCUGGCAACAUUCCAAUAUAAUCGAUGGUGAGGACGUGGAGGAGAGGUCCGAGUAUGUCACAGAGAGGUCAGAAUUCGUUACUGGUAUCUUUCAGGCGGUCAAUGAUGAAAUCCAGCAUCGUGUGACGAUCAAGACUGUGUCGACUCGGCCAAAAGACUCACCGUACGGCCACCACAGGUGGGCAGAUCGUCCAGUCCGGAAUUAA